CUUUCCAUUCCUUUCUUCCGACUCCUAAUCUCUCUCUCUCUCUCUAAAAUCACUCCUAAUCUCUCUCUCUAAAGUCUAAACCACCAUGGAUCGGAAGAACGCCGUCGUUCUAGCGCUCAUCGCCGUCGUUAUCGCCUCCGUAGGAGGUCAAGCUCCGGCUAAUUCUCCAACUACGUCUCCACUUCCGACUGUCACGCCUGCCGCUUCACCUUCUAAUGCUACUGUUACCAAAACACCGACAUCAGCACCCACCACAGCUCCGGCGACGAGCCCUACGACAGCUCCACCGACCGCUGCCGUUCCUUCUCCUGUUUUAUCUUCUCCCCCUGCUGCAGAGCCGGUGAGUUCCCCACCCACAGCGGUUCAAUCUCCGCCGGUUCCAGUACCUGUCAGUUCUCCGAUCUCGUCUCCUCCAGCUCCAGUGUCUGCUCCGACUGCCGCAGUUCCUGCUCCGGCGCCUAGCAAGAAAAAGACUAAGACAAAGAAGCAUAAUGCUCCUGCACCAGCACCGGUAAUAGCUGUAUCACCUUCUCCCACCGAAGGUCCUGGAUCGAGCAUCGAUUCUCCUUCUCCCGGUCCGUCGUCAGCCGACGUCGCCGACGAGAGUGGAGCAGAGAAAUUGAACUGUUUGAAGAUGGUGGUCGGAAGUUUGGCGUUCGGAUUGACUGUAUUCGGGUGGUUCUAGAAACUUGUUUUUCCUUUUCCUUUAAAAUUUUUGAAUUUUAUUUAUUUUUUUUCUAUAUGAUACCUCUUUUGUUUUGAUUUUUGUUUCUUUUUUUUCUUUUUUUUUUUUCAAUAUGGUGUUACAUACUUACUCCAUAUAUGUAAUUAUACCACCUGGGUUGGAAUUCUGAUGUGAUGA